AUGGGAGAGAAUUUGGCUGAAGUUCUGCAAGGUAUGUCGCUCGGAGAAGAUAAAUCAAUUAUCAUUCCAGAUGAAGAUGCGUAUUGCGCGAUGGAUAGAGGAGGAAGGAGUAUUCUAGGGCGUUUACUAAACCCGGAAUGUCAAAAUAUGGGAAGAAUGCUCAAGACGAUGCCCAAGAUCUGGAAGGUGUAUGAACGUGUUACAGGGAUUGCUCUCACAAAGGAAAGGUUUCAGUUCAUUUUUGACUUGGAAACAGAUAUUCAAACAGUGUUACGUCAAGGGUUCUGGACCUUUGAUGAUUGGGGUAUGGCGAUGGAGCGUUGGGUAGAGUUUCCUCCGCCAAACAACCUCCAAACUGUGGCUAUUUGGGUGAGACUUCACAACCUCCCAACGAACUACUUCACCAUGAAAACAACUGAUAUCAUCGCUGAUGGAAUUGGGCAUGUAGAUGUGAUUGAAUUUGAUCCUGAGAAACCCUUGCUGAAUGAUUAUGUUAGAGUUCAGAAAUGUCCUCUCUAUCAAGGUUCUAGAACCAAAGGCAAAGGUAUUGUUCCGCGUCAGAACAUGAAGGAAGGUCAAUCAUCCGGUACCAGACAACAUCACAAUGAUCUCGCAGAGAAGCUGAUGCCUCUACUUGCUCCUUCGGUGCCCCCAGGGUUUGAACCUCAUCCAACAAUGGUGGCUCACGAGGUCUUUGAGCAGAUGAAAAUCUAUAUGAGUUGUUCCGAUCCAGAGGAAAGGCGUAUCAGGGAAGAAAAAAUGAGGAAAACUCUAAAUGAGUUAUCAAAUGAUCCUAUGGCGCAACGAUCUUGUCUCCGCUUGGAAAUGGCCCCGACCAUCUCAACCGAGAUCAACAGAGAUAGAGGACGAGUUUUUGAUUUCAGCAAAGUGCAAGAGAGACGUAUUCCAGAUGUUUCUGAAUCUUCUUCACAUGGUAUGAACAAAGGCGGGGUUUUUUCUACGGUGAUGGGAGAAGGCGCAAAUACUAAGGAAACUGAUCAGUCCCAACCUCAAAAGGAUGACGGGAACGAGAUAAUGGGGAGGUUGGCUGAUACUGGAGGCUUUGUGAUUGGAAGUAACUCUCAACUCUCUGGAGAGCGCAGCAGUAAGAGUUGGAAUUCAAAGCGAAGUAAGCCCUCAUGGACCAGGCAUAACCAAACUAAUAGGAGGUUGUCACAGUCUGGUCAGUCUCAGAGGAAUGGAGACAGAGAGGUUGGUACUGUAAAACAUAAAGCGGCAGAGGAUGGAGAGGUGUCGUCUAAAUUGUCUAAACAAUCCGGAGGUUUGAUGGUUCACCAGAAACCAUCCAAUCCUCACUGA